CACUGUUUUGUUUUGCAUUGUUGCCGAUCUUGCCGCGCUUUUACAUCAGUGAGAUAUAAAUUAAUUGUUAUAAACAAUGUUGGCGCCCAUUAAACAUUUGCUGAGCAAUUACCGCAUUGUCCUAGCCAGCGGCUCGCCACGCCGCCAGGAACUGGUACAAAUGUUGGGUCUGAAUGCGGAGCUGUGCCCCUCCACGUUCGAGGAGAAUCUGGACGUGGCGGACUUUAAAGAGUUCUCCGAUUACAUAGAGGCUACCGCGCUGGGCAAGGCGGAGGAGGUGUUCCAGCGCUUGAGCGGCGUGGACGAUAGCAAAAAACUGCUUGUAAUAGCGGCUGACACGAUGGUCACCCUGGGCAAGGAGAUCUAUGGCAAGCCCAAGGACGCAGCCGAUGCUGUGCGCAUGCUGACCAACCUUUCUGGUGCCUGCAAUCGCGUCUUUACGGGCGUCGUCUUCAAGCAUGCGCUAGGCGUGCGCAAAUUUACGGAAACCGCCGACGUUUAUUUUGGCCAACUAACGGAGGCGCAGAUACAAAGUUAUGUGGACAGCGGUGACCCACUCGACAAAGCAGGCGCCUAUGGCGUUCAGGGUCCUGGAGGCGCUCUGAUACGCCGCAUUGAUGGUGACUUUUAUUGUGUGAUGGGUCUGCCAUUGAAUCGUCUGUGCUGUGAGCUGAACAAAUUGUUUCUGGAGGAUCUUAACUAGCUGCAAGCAAGUA